AUCCAUGUAAUUUCAGCUAUGCAAUGGCCAUUGGAGGGUUACAUCAGAUGAGGUUUGGUCAAUCCUAAACAAAGAUUUUCUGUAACAGACCUGGAUGGACACGCGCAUAAUGUACAAAAGUAAACUUGUCAAGAUAAUGACAUGAACUUGCAACAAGGCUGGUUGGUGAGAGUUUGAUAUAAGGAGUUCAUGAGAAUGAACUGGUUCAAGCCUUCAUCAGCUUGAUGCUAAUUCCCCUUCCCUUGUAUCUUCGGCGUAAAGGUUUCUGAUACUAGAGAACUUGCGGCAUGGAUUUUGAUAGAUUUUCAUCCCCAUUUUUCUCUGCUGUUUGCUUUAUUCUGGUAUUCUCUCGUGCAGAGGCAUAUGACUAUCUGGACCCAACUGGGAACAUAACGCUCAAAUGGGACGUCAUCUCAUGGACUCCAGAUGGUUAUGUGGCAGUGGUGACAAUGACCAACUUCCAAAUGUAUCGUCACAUCAUGAGUCCUGGCUGGACCGUAGGAUGGACAUGGGCUAAGAAAGAAGUUAUCUGGUCAAUGGUGGGAGCUCAAGCCACUGAGCAAGGAGACUGUUCCAAGUUCAGAAUGAACAUCCCGCACUGUUGUAUGAAGAAUCCUACUGUCGUUGACAUGCUUCCAGGGGUGCCUUACAACCAACAAAUUGCCAAUUGCUGCAAAGGUGGUGUGGUAUCGUCAUGGGGACAGGACCCUUCAGCAGCAGUUUCUUCUUUUCAGUUGAGUGUUGGACGUUCUGGUACUACUAAUAAAACAGUAAGAUUGCCGAAGAACUUCACUUUGCUCGGUCCUGGACUAGGCUACUCUUGCAGCCAAGCAAAAAUUGUUCCAUCCACUGUCUUUCUAACUUCCGAUGGCCGUCGAAAAACUCAAGCAAUGAUGACAUGGAAUGUGACAUGCACAUACUCGCAAAUGUUGGCGUCUAAGAAUCCAACCUGUUGCGUAUCGAUGUCAUCUUUUUACAACUCUACCAUCACUCCUUGUCGAACUUGUGCUUGUGGCUGCCAGAACAACAGCACUUGUGUUCCGAGUGAUUCGAUGAUUCAAAGCGUUGUAGGACUAAACACACCAACGAAAGAUAAUACCCCAUUAGUGCAAUGCACGAAACACAAUUGCCCUAUCCGUGUGCAUUGGCAUGUGAAGUUGAACUACAAGGAGUAUUGGCGAGUGAAAAUUUCCAUCACCAAUUUCAACUACCGCCUGAACUACACACAGUGGACACUUGUCGCUCAGCAUCCAAAUCUUAACAAUAUCACUCAAGUUUUUAGCUUUGCCUACAAGCCACUCUUGCCAUAUAAAUCAGCAAAUGACUCUGGAAUGUUUUAUGGUGUAAAGUUUUUCAAUGAUAUCCUAAUGGAAGCCGGCCCAGAUGGAAAUAUCCAGACAGAGUUGAUUCUGCAGAAGGAUAAGAACACAUUUACACUGAACAAGGGAUGGGCUUUCCCAAGAAAAGUCUACUUCAAUGGGGAUGAAUGCAUGAUGCCCCUUCCUGACGAUUACCCAUACUUACCUAAUUCUGCCCCAAAAAAUGUGAUUGGGUUAUCAUUUGUUAUUUCUGCAUUUUUCCUUCUAGAGUUGCUAGCCUUUUGGUGAUCAUUGAACCGUAACAAUUAAUUCGAGUAAACAGGUUGAAUGUUCGAGGCUAUUUCGCCAACAGAUAUGUGCCCGUGCCGUGCUGUGCUCUUCUGGGAGGUGGGAACUAGAGGAUGCAACUAGUUGUUAACAAGUUUGUAAAAUGCACCUUGUAUAGAGAAUUUAAGACUCGUUUUUCCUUUUCUACAAUGGAAUCCACUGUUCUCUGGAAACAA